AUGGCAGAGCGCCACGACGGUGUCCUGUCGCAGGAGGCGCCGGCCUCGUUCGUGAGGAAGUUCUGCGGCAACGCCAGCUGCGGCAGCUACAUCGCGGCGUCCUACGUCAAGUUCGCGGAGGGCGGCGGCGCCCGGGUCGUGCCCAUACGGUACGUCGUCGGCAGGCUCCACGCCCCGUACUCCGAUUUUGACCGGCCUGGUGGCUAUGGAGAGGCUGGAGCGCACAUAUAUGAAGUAGCCAAAGAGAUGAAUAGACAGGGUGACUACUUCCCACUGUGGGGGACAUGUCUUGGAAUGGAGCUAUUGGCACAUGUUUCAGCUGGGCGACGUGAGCUACGAGCUGACUGUUGGGCCUCUAAUCUGGCGAUGCCACUUAACUUAUGUCCAGGUGUUCAGGCGCAGGAACCAGAAUUUAUGAUUGUAGAUCUUCUCAUUACACAAGAAGAAGUGGAGCUUCUUAUUCCCACAGCUGGACAGAAUGUCUGGAACUCAGGAGUUUGUACAGCUGGCGCUCUGAUGAACAUGACGGAGUAUGGUAUUUUACAUAAGUGGCACAUCUUGGCUAUGAACCACGAUGUUGAGGGAAUGGAAUUUGUUUCUGUCAUUGAAUCAAGGAAAUAUCCAUUUUAUGGAAUUAUUUUUCACCCUGAGAAAAAUGCUUAUGAAUGGGCUACUGAAAGAGACAUCCCUCACUCUACAGAUGCUAUAAAAGCCAUGCAGUAUUUCAGCAACUUUUUUGUUAAUGAAGCACGGAAGAGUAACCACUCUUUUCAGUCUCGUGCAACUGAACGAAAUUCGUUAAUUUAUAACUACGAAAUUAAGCAUACAGGAACAGCAUCUGUUUUUGAACAGGUUUAUUUCCUUUAA